AGAGCAAAAAUGCCAUUUGGAAUGAAUCAUUUUCUGACUGGAUUUUUAAUCGUAAUUAUUGGAUCGGUACAUGAAUGUUCCAGUUCCUCUCCGCUUUACGGAUAUGGCACUGAACAUGGAGAUCAAAUUGUUACCAGUCCAAAUCCUUCCUUUGAGGUGGAUCUAGGUCACGAAGUUCCAUUCUUUGGUCGAAAAUACAGCAAAGCGUAUAUCUCAGCAGACGGCUUGCUUGGAUUCAACAUUGGUGCUGGUUACAAAAAGAUUCUCUACAAAGAUGGCGACAUCAGUUCACAAGAUUACCCGUUUAUCGCAGCUUUUCACCACUACGGAAGCACGAGUUCUGACGAAGGCAAAAUAUACUAUAGACACAUAAAAGAUCAGGCUACACUCAGUGACUUCACGAUCUACGUCAACAACGCAACUGUUGAACGACCCGAACACUUCCAUCCCGUGGUGGCGCUACAAGUCACUUGGAAAAACGUCAAUGAAGAGGGAUGCAACAAUACUAUAUGUUCUACUGCCACCUUCCAGAUCGUAUUUGUCGCAUCCAGUGAUAGUUCAUUCGCGUUUAUCAACUACGACAACAUACCGAUUUCACAAAACAAAUUUCAUCAGGCAGGAUUUAACGGCGGCAAUAACUUGGGAUGGAAAAGUAUCUUGCCGUGUGAUCCACCUUCAUGUAGUCUAACUCUAGCAAAUCUCCCAAAUCUCGGAGGAAGUGACGUCAAAGGUCGCUUUAUUUUCGAUGUUGGCGGCCAGCAGAUACGAAGAGGAGGAUGUAUACCACCAGAAUUAGAAGCAGAUGAUAUUUUAGAAUUCACUCCAAGAUUCGCGUCUCUUCUUGGUGGUCAGAUGUUAACUCUCUCUGGUACGUGUAAUCCUAAAAGAAUGCCCGUCAAGUGCAUGUUUGGAACUGGUCAUCACACAGUGGUUAGGGAGGGGAUUGUCCUCAACUCAAUGCUGGCUCGAUGUCCUGUACCCAAACUGACCCAACGCGGCGACACGAAAAUCAGUUUCUCCGUUGAUGGUAUCAAAGUUAGCCAUAUAUCAACAAUCACCAUUGUCCAACUGGGCCGCUUUCCGUGCACGCUGACGUUGGGUUCAGGCUGGACAAGCAGGGAUGCGAAGGAGCUGAGCUUUACGUGGGACCCGUCUCGGAUCUCGAAGAACAAGGCCGUACUUGUCAACGUGAAGCUGAUCGGCUACAAAGAGCAUACCAGAAGGGUUGCAUGGAGAAAACUGAAGACAAUUCGCCACUCGGUGGAAAACAGUGGAAGCUUCUCGUUUUCGCUUAAAAAUCUCGAAUGUCAACCUGGAGAUUGUAGCUUUGACGUUGGAUUAAUAGAAGUCAUGCUUCAAAGAAGAUACUGGAUGCAGAGCAAUACACACAUUGCUGUAAACUGUGGUAUGAUACCUCUUGGCCGUAUUAUGGGUCGCGAUAAACGACCGUCGCCUGACAAAAAAUGCAAGAUGUGGCAAGCAAAAGACAAGAAGGACAUCACCUGGCUGGAGGAUCUUCUGCCGUGUCCACCCACUCUGGACGAUGCCGUGUCAGACUUCGGACGCUGGCAACCUGAUGAUACCUGCCUCCUGAAUAGCACGAGUAAAACAAACUGCAACUUGCAGACGCCUGCCGUCUAUUGUGCGCGUUCUUUUAAACCAACGAAGCAAGGAGCUGGUAACCAGUGUUGCUAUGAUUCCAAAUACAAACUGAUAAAAGAUAGAAGCACCCCAGAUCGAAGUCACGACUGGGGAUCGACUCCUUACAACGAGCCUCUCCGUGUACCGUCAGUUUCCCACUGGCUGAUGGACAUCGUCCCCAUAUUCUACUGCUGUAAAUGGAGUAACAACUGCCACCGCUAUCUGGAACAGAGACCAGCUAAGUUCAGUUCUGAGUACCAGCCUCCGAAAUCCAGUGUCGUAUAUGGACGUCACCGUUUGAAGACAUUUGAUGAUUUUGAGUACAAUUUUCCAGCAAAAGGAGAUUUCUGGCUGUAUAAAUCAGACAAGGUGAAAUUGCAAGGAAGAUUUGGCACUGAACAUGAUGUGUUGACAGGUGUAGCCAUGACAGGUACGGGAGAUGUCGUGGAAAUUCGGCUUGCUCCGUCGAACCUGAUUUCUGGACACCGACUCCUGGUAUUGGUUAACAACGUCAGCAAGUUCUUUGAUCACGAACCACUACGUAUGCAAGAUUUCAAUGAUGUUUCUAUCAUUACAAACGAAGCUGAAGGUAACCUUUACAAGCAUAGCACUUUCACGGUGAUAUUCAAGUCUGAAGUGGGUGUUAUUGUAGCUGAAAACAACACUUCGCUGUAUGUGAAAAUAAACUUACCACCAGGAAACGAGACUCUGGAAACGGACUCUGGUGGUCUGCUUGGCACCGGGAACGACAACAAGAACGAUGAUUUAAUCAUACGUGGAACGAACACUUCUGUGAAGAGCACAUCACCUAUAGACGAUAUCAAGAAGUUCGGCUUUUCAUGGCUUGUCGAGAAAGCAGAAAGAUUGUUUGGGCUAGCAUCUAUGGGUCACACCGCCCACGCGGACAUCACGAUGCUGUUUUUGUGUUUGGUGCUAGCUGUGUGGAUGUCGUCCUAUUCUACACAGGAUGAGCGUGGCAUGAGACGUCUCGGGUGCAGAAGCGAGCGAAAUGCAAAACGUGGAUAAGCCGACCAUCAGUAACAAAGAGCGACAGAUAAACAUUUAACACCAUUCAAGUUGUUUUUAUUAAGUUGUAGUAACUUGAAACCUACCGGGGUUUUUCUUGAAUAAAAUAUGUUAAAUAAA